AUGUCCUCUAAACGUAUUUCCAAAGAACUAAAUGAUUUACGAAAAGAUCCUAUAACUUCAUUUUCUGCUGGUCCAGUAGGUGAUGAUCUAUUCCACUGGCAGGCUUCCAUUAUGGGCCCACCAGAUUCUCCAUAUGCAGGUGGUGUUUUCUUCCUUUCUAUCCAUUUUCCAACAGAUUAUCCAUUUAAACCUCCAAAGAUCUCAUUUACAACAAAGAUAUAUCACCCAAAUAUUAACGCCAAUGGUAACAUCUGUCUAGAUAUCUUAAAAGAUCAGUGGUCUCCUGCAUUAACGCUUUCUAAAGUUUUAUUAUCCAUCUGUUCUUUAUUAACUGAUGCGAACCCAGAUGACCCCUUAGUUCCUGAAAUCGCUCAUAUUUAUAAGACUGAUAGAUCCAAGUAUGAAACAACCGCAAGAGAAUGGACUAAGAAAUUUGCAGUUUAA